GGCGAAAGGACACAUCAGCAGCUCCGCCGCCGCCCGCGCACCGCCACCCGCCGGCCCGGCCCGGCCCGGCACGGCCCGGCCCGGCACGGCACAUCGCUGCUCCCUCCGCCCGCACGGCGCAGGCAGGCUUUCACUUGAACUUCCCCUGUGUGGUAUAUGCUGUUGGAAGAUCCCUAAGAGAUUAUCCAGGAAUGGUGGAUCACUUGCUUCCUGCUGAUGAAUCUUUUUCAUCCACAAGGUCCAUGGUUGGAUACUUUGGGGACAUGACGGCAGGAGGGAGGUCCUACCAGAUGCUGCCCUCACCUCUGUCGGAAGAUGACAGUGAUUCUUCAAGCUUUUGCUCUUGUUCUAGCCCUGACUCCCAGGUUCUCAGCUCUAGCUAUGGCAGCACAUCUAGCGCUGAAAGUCAGGAUAGUAUUUUAGACUACUUAUUGUCCCAGGCUUCCCUGGGGAACACCCCUGCCUCUUGGUGGGACAAAAGGAGACUUCAGCCAGUUGUGAAAGAGGAGUAUUUUAGGAUGCCUGAAUUUGCAGUGGAUACGGAAGAUAAUGGACCAUUUCAGCCCACACUUGAGGAGAUUGAGGAGUUUCUGGAGGAAAAUAUGGAGUUGGAGUUCAAGGAAGGGCCUAAAAAUGAGACCAAGGACUUGAGAGCUUGCAGCCAAGUUUCUGUUGCUUCUGUACAGCAAAAAGACCAUAUGGUAUCCAACGCUAGCUUAAAGGAAAGUAAAAGUGAACAGUUGAGCAGCCCAACAGAAGGUGGCCAUGUUUCAAAUGGAGCAGUGUCUGCGGAGGGUGGAAUACCUGUCAUGCUUCAAAUUCAGCCUGUACAGAUCAAACAAGAAUCAAAUACAAGCCCAAGCUCACAAGGACCAGCACAAGAGAAUAUUAAAAUUGCACAACUCCUAGUCAACAUUCAAGGACAGACCUUUGCGCUUGUGCCACAGAUAGUUCAAUCUUCCAAUUUGAACUUGCCCUCCAAAUUUGUCCGCAUAGCACCAGUGCCCAUUGCGGCAAAGCCUCUUGGGCCAGGAGGCAUGAUCCAGGGUCAGACGGGCAUCCUCGUGGGUCAGAAAUUUCAAAAGAACCCUGCAGCAGAACUCAUUAAAAUGCACAAAUGCUCGUUCCCAGGCUGCACCAAGAUGUACACUAAAAGCAGCCACUUGAAAGCCCACCUGAGAAGGCACACAGGCGAAAAACCGUUUGCAUGCACGUGGCCGGGCUGUGGCUGGAGGUUCUCCCGGUCAGAUGAGCUCUCCCGGCACAGACGCUCUCACUCGGGCGUGAAACCGUAUCAGUGUCCGAUCUGCGAGAAGAAGUUUGCGCGAAGCGACCACUUAUCCAAGCAUGUCAAGGUGCACCGGUUCCCUAGAAGCAACCGCUCCGUGCGCUCAGUGAACUGAUUGGUCCCCACUUGGCUCCUUCUCGCCCAUCCGUCCCAGAACAGCCAAUGACAGCACUUUGCUCACCAUGUUUCUAGUGAUAAUUUAUUGGUCUUCGCUGUUACUUGACACCAUCAUGUCUGAAUGUUCUGUGUCCUACCAACGUGAUUUGAGAACAAAGCUCUUUUGGGGGGAACUUGGGGAGGGGGGGGGGUUGUUGUUUUUUUUUUUACUAUUAUUAUUAUUUUUAUUUUUCCUUCUCUCAUGCCCUUCUUUGCUGCUUCUUCCUUUGGAAAUUACAGUGUUUUAUUUUUAGCUGUUUUCUGCUGCACAAGGAAAAUUUAUGGGCUACUUGCUGCUGGUUAAUUAUAGUUCUGGCAUUCCUGAGGCCUCUGCUCGUGGACAGGGCCAUUCUUUGUGAGUUUUCAUUAAGCUGGCCUAUCUGUCCAGUUUGGAAACAGCAAAUUCCUUUUGGAAAAAAAACAAAACCUUUGUUUUUUUGCUUGCCUGAACCAAGCAUGUUUUUGAGGGGAGGGGGAGGAUAUUGGAAUUUGUGACCCUGGUCCAGUCGCCCUGAUUCCUCCGGCCCACCGUCCUUCAACGAUCCAUCAGAACUCAAUCAACAGCUCUUGUGCUCCUGGGAUCCUGGAUCUGAUGGCACUUUUAGGAUGAACCCCCACUCUCAACCAAACAACAAAGCUCAGACCUGGUUCUGGAAUGAGGGCCCAUAAUUGUACACGGCACAUGUGCUUUUCAUGUUAUGUGGUCAAUGUACUGCCAAGUAUAGAGUAUGGCUAUGUGUUUAAAUAAGCAAAGCAUAACCUUGGUUCUGGUUAAAACUAUCCUUUUCAUUAACAGAGGGAAUGUUGCUUGGUGCUUUGAGCAGGAGAAACUGGGUAUUAGGCCUCAUAGGUUUUAUUCCAGAUUUUGCCUCUUUCUUGCUGUGUGACCUCAGUCCUGCAAGAUGUUGGUCCAUCUCUGGGAAAGCUGUGGACCUCUUGAGGGCCUGGAGACUUCAAUGAGAAAGAAAUGUGCUCAACCCAGCAACUUUGAGCUAUGAAUGUCUUUUUGCCUUGGUUUUCACAUCUGUAUGGUAGGAGUAAUAAUACUUAUAUCCCACCCAGGGGAAGUUGUGGGCUUGAUUACUGUUUGUAAAAGCACUUUGAGCUCCUCAGCCAAAGGGUGAUAUGUAAGUGUUAAGUACAACUCUUAUUAUUAACAGCCCUGUCAGAGCUCCCUGCAGCUGGGGCAGGUGAUUGGGUGGGAACGGUGACCAGGAGAAACAAAUACACGUGGUAGCUGGCUAAAUGGCUAAGAAGGGAAUUUUAAAGGAUAAUCAGAGAGUAGCAGCAAAGCGAUUAUGUUUGUAUUUCUCUUUUUUCUUUUUGUUUUGCUUUUCCUUUUGAACUCUGCCAAUUGCAAGACGCUUUUGAGCUCAGUAAUUAGAUAUGAUUUUAGGAAGGAUAUUGCGUUUCCUUUCCAUUCACAGAUGGCAUCCCUUUGUCUCUUUUGUCAGCAAAAUGGGAAAUAAAACACUGCAAUUCUUGCAUUAGUAGGUAGUAAUGGAAAGCAUACUGUAUGUAAGUACCUAGAUAGAGCUAAAACGACCUUAUUUUAGGAAUGCAUUCCUUUUGUCCUCUAGAAAUUAAUAUAAAAGAACUAUCUUCUAUUGACUGGUUUAUCUCACAUCCUAUGAAUGUAUGUAAAUAAAACUGUACAUAGAUGCAUAUCUAUAUAAAAUAUCUUUUAAUAACAUAUCAAAAUUUGUGUAAAUUGGAAAAAUAUCUAUAAAGCCCAUGUACAUAAGUUACAAUUCUGUAUAUUUUCUUUUGUUCUUCAUAAAAUAUAUUUACUUUGACAAUAAAAUGAAAAAUGGAAAUUUUAAA